GACAACUUACAAUACUCACUCAUAACUUGGUAUCAAACUUUACAGUACCAUGGCUUUUUACCGCACAAAUCUUCCAACUCAUGAACUUGUUUUAGGCAUGAUAUACACAACUUUUUUUCUUUUGCUAGCAACAAAUAUAAACUCAGUACAAGCCCUUUCCUUCAAUUUCACCAAGUUCACUCCUAAUGCUCUGAUGUUUCCCUCUGGUAUAACCUUCCAAGGGGAUGCUCAGACGUUAAACAAUGGGGUCAUCGCACUGACUAAGCGUAUCAAACUUCCUUAUGGUACAACUAUACCAAGUACUGGUCGUAUCUUAACCCCACCUGUGUCCCUUUGGGACACUGCCGGCAAUGUUGCUAGCUUUGUCACUUCCUUUUCUUUCCUAAUAGAGGGCACUGAGGGUUAUGGUGUUCCAACUGAUGGUUUGGUCUUCUUUAUUGCACCACAAGACACUAAGAUUCCACCCAACUCAGAAAGUCAAUAUCUUGGAGUAGUUGAUUCAAAAAAUACUUACAAUCAAUUUGUUGGUGUAGAGUUUGACCUUUAUCCCAAUAGUUUUGAUCCCAAUACGAAACAUAUUGGAAUCGAUGUCAACUCUUUAAUUUCUCUCAAGACCGUGAAAUGGGAAUUCGCGAGUGGAUCAUUGACUAAAGUAAGUAAAGCAUAUGACUCUUCCUCUAACACAUUGAGUGUUGUUGUCACUUAUGCCAAUGGAAAAUUUUCUACCAUUGCUCAAAUCGUUGAUUUGAAAGCUGUGCUCCCCAACAAGGUUAGGUUUGGUCUAUCUGGUGCUUCAAUAACUGGUUUUGCACACGACAUCCAUUCAUGGUCAUUGACCACUUCAGACUUGAAAACAACUGCAAGCAGCGCCUUAGACAAGUUGCAGGCUAUAUAUGAUAACUAAUGCAUGCAUGGAGCUUAUAAUAAUUAUCUAAAUAAAGACCUUUGCUAGUAAGCAGCUUGUGUGACCUGUACGUGGUUUCUUUUAAAAUAAAAACCCUGCUAGUAAGCAGCUUCUAUGACCUAUAUAUACGUGAACCAUGUUACGGUAAAUGUCUUUUGCAUGCUAAAUGUUUGGUCUACAAUUGUGCUCUUUUUUACUUU